AUGAGGGGGAAGAACGCGAAGAAGGUGCGCUACCUGGAUUCAAAGGGGAUGCUGUACUCGAACGGGAUAACGUACGAGCGGAGUGUGAUGCACCCCAGUGGGAACAAUAAGGAGGAUCAGAAAUUGGGGAAAAAUUACAGUGAGUUGCAAAACUUACUGAGAAAGGAAGAAGAUCAACAUGCGGCCCUAAAAAAGCAGCUGAACCUGCUGCAAAAACAAAGGGACCUAUUGCAGUGGCACCUUUGCAACAAUGUUAAAAAGCUAAGUAUGCAGAGAAGCGAAUGUAAAUUCAAGGAGCAGUUUAGCUCUAAGCUGGAAGGAAAGUUGAAGGUACUGAAGGAGAGCACGAAGAUGCACAAGCUAGAACGUGACAUUCUCGAGGAUGAAGUGAACAAAAUGGAGGAGCAACUGCAGAGUAAAGAACAACUUAAGGCGAACGUAGAGAAGAAGUUCAAUCGAUGGAUGGAUAAAAAAAAUGAAUAUUUAAAGGACCUGAGCCAGGAAAGGAGGAGUGCAUUUCAGGAGAGGAACAACAGACAAAAGCAGCUGAGAAAACUGCUUCUGGUGGUGAAGAAGGAGGGGAACAUGAGCUACGACAUGGACUACCUCAAGAUGUGUGAGCUUAACCUUAUGCGCCAACUAAGUCAUCACAGGGAUUAUAAGAUGUUGGAGAUGAGCAUGGCAAAGGGGGUAGGGUCACCUUAG